ACAUAUUCACGACACCGGUGGAAUCUAUUUGACAUAUUUCUUGACUGAGUACAUUGCGUCUGAUCUGACAGCGAAGCCGAGCUUCUCUGUGCUUGGCUAUACUACCAGCAUAGCUUCUCAUCAGGAGAGUCCCUGGAGGAAUUUCCCCGAUGCCGUACAAUCCGCCAGUCACCGGCAAAGUUCGAUAUACCAUCAUUUGACAACGCGCAUAAGUACCAUACUGAACCCCCUGUGGAUACCAUUCCAGAAACCGACAUCGGUCUACGCACGAGACUCUGACCCUGCACGAGUCUCGGCAUCCAUCCAGCGACUGUCCCUUGUGACCUGAGCACACUCUCCCCAUGAGGUCUCUUUACUCCUGCCCUUGGCAGGCCAACCAAGAGAAUUGGGCGAUAGACGUCGACCCCAUCGUCGAAGGAGAUAUCGCCCGGGGCCUGGACGAUGCUGAGAUCCCGUACUGCUUCUUUGGAAACCCCGUGCUGCGCAUGUACGGCCACCGUCCGGAGCGGACCUUCCGGUUCGGCGAGAGUCGAUGCAACGAGGGCUUUCAACUGUGGCCCGAGCAGUUCUCGGGCUGGGUGGUGGCCGACCUCCACCUGGAACAGGUCGUGCCGGUGCUGCAGGGGCUAGCGUUCGGGGUCUGCUCGCAGCACACGGAUUGCACUCCCAUGGAAUACUCGCUGGGCGGGCAGCCCCUGCCAGAUCUCCAUUUCCACCCGGAGGGCGUCGGCUACCCCGGUCCCUCCGAUCUGGUCCCCAUCGUCACCAUCUCCUUCUACGCCAGUGACAAUGUGUUUUGGGACCUCCUCGACCCCCCCUUCACCGAUCCCUUGCCGAAUGACCCCAACUACAUGCUGUCCAACGAUGAAUUCCUCCCGGAAUGCUCCCCCGCCGCCCCGUACCUCGAGGUGGGCCGCCGGUCCCCCAGCCAGUAUCCUCUGAAGAUUCCCACCCCGGCCAGGUAUACGGAAAUCGCGAUUUUGAACCUGUGCCGCGCGGUCCACGGGAAUGCCGCCUGGAAGCUGUUCUGGGAGGGUCAGUUGCGUCGGAUCGUGGAGGUCAUGGACAACGACCCGGACGAAAAUCCGGUGUUCGAGCUGGACGACCUCCCCUCGCCGUUCCGCGAGUACCUGUCCUGCCAGUGGACGGGCACCGUGGAAGGACUGGUGGAGGCCUCGGUCAUCCUGCAGAAGUUGUAUGAGGAGCUGGUGAGUGAGGACUCUUUGCCUGACGCGACGGGAACCUGGGCCAAACAGGAGAUGCACCCGGACCCGCCCGGCUUCCACGACACCCUGGCUGACUCGUAAAUUCCGGGAUGGGUCGUCUUUUUCUUGUUUGCUUGUUUCUUUGUUU